AUGAGAUUUGCCAUGAAUUUGAAGUUUAUCGCACUUACUGUUGGUGUGGUUUUUGGAGAUUAUGACAUCAGGGACAAGCGACAAGCUCUUCCAUGGGCUACCAAGUGGCCUGACAAUACUAUGAACUACUACUUUGACAACAGCUUACCUUAUGAAAUGAGGGCAAUGUUCAGAGAUGCGUUUCAGUAUUUGAGUAGUCAUUCCUGCUUAAAUUUCAAUUACAAUGAAAUUGCUACCUCGUCUGUUCGAAUUCAAUUAGGUGACUUUUGCAACUCAGCUCUGGGAAUGGUUGACGGUGAACACCAGACCUUGAACUUUGCUUAUCACUGCGCAGCUUUUGGUGUGGCUCUUCAUGAAACUAUGCACGCUCUCGGAUUUCAUCACGGUCAGGCAAGAAGUGAUCGGGAUCAGUACAUUGUUGUUGAUUCUGAUGACCACAAUGACGAAAUUCAUAACACUAUCAAUCCAGUUCCGUUUGACUAUGGGAGCAUUAUGUUAUACUGGAGGGAUCAAUUCCGUUGGCCGAAGGAUCCAGAGUAUAACUACACAAUGGGAAAUCUGAGAGUUGCUUUCUAUGAUAUGAUCUUGCUGAACGACUUCUACGGAUGCAAUUGUGAUAACCACCCGACUAAACUGGACUGUAAAAACGGAGGCUAUCAAAAUCCGGCGAACUGUGAUGAAUGUCUUUGUACUGAUGGGUUCGGAGGGGAAGUGUGUGAUGAGUUUGUGGGCAAAGUGAUCCCAGCUUCCACUGAGUGGAUUCCUGUUAGAAUAACCAGCUUUCCUAACAUGAAAGGUAUUGAACGAACCACGGUGCCGCCCAACAAUACUUUCAUUAUUACAGCCCCGGAAGGAUCAACAAUCGAAGUGAGACUCACAAAGCUUUAUGGAUUUUACUGUCAUGACUUUUGUGAUUAUAAUGGUGUUGAGUUGAAAUACAAAACUGAUCGCCGGAUUGUUAGCCCUAUGGUUUGCUGUGAUGAUGAUAACUUGUGGAAUAAAACCAGAUCUUCAACUAACAACCCAUUCGUCAUCGUACAGUAUGGUGAAUAUAAGACACCUAUUUUUGAUUUUGAAUUCCGUUAUGUCCCUGGAAACUCAACUUCUCCGGAGCUGACUAAUGAGAUAACAUUUGAAUAA